CUCAGUUGUUGAUUUUGUCUAGAAAUCAAUUCGUUCAUAUCGCAAUCACAAUGCCCCACUCCGUAUCGCCAGAGCAGCCCGCAUCCCCUGAUCAGGUUGCAAAUAUCGAAGAGCCCAAGACAGAUAAUGUUGAAACCCAAGAGAGCGAAGGUACCGCUGUUGCAGACAACCUUGGUCCCAUCGGGGAGAGCCAAACCAGCUAUGAUCAAGACAUGACUAUGACUGAUGCCGGAGCUGCUGGAGAGAAGCCUCUAGUCAAGGUAGAGACUACUGCGGAAGUCAAGCUCGAAGAUCUUUUUGCAGAUAUGGAUUCCGACGAGGAAUUCCCGAGCUCAACGGGUCAGGGUGUGAAGAUAUCAAGUUCGCCGGAGGCACCAGCAUCUCCUGUGCACAUUGGACCUACUUCGAAUGCCUCUGAUCCAGAAGUGAUGAGAUCGUUCUAUCAGCGGUUGUUUCCGUGGCGUUAUCUCUUCCAAUGGCUGAAUCAUUCCCCAACGCCUUCGACAGACUUUGGCCACAGAGAAUUCGCGUUUACCCUGCAGAAUGAUGCGUAUUUGAGAUACCAAUCGUUUCCUACACACGACCUUCUACGCAAAGACGUCCUCCGCCUUAUGCCUUCCAGAUUCGAAAUUGGACCAGUCUACAGUACAAAUCCUCGCGAUCGAAAAACACUCCGAAAAUCGACCGCCUUCAAGCCGAUUGCGAAAGAGCUAUGCUUCGAUAUCGAUUUAACAGAUUACGAUGAUAUCCGCACAUGUUGUGACAAAGCAAACAUCUGCAAUAAGUGCUGGCAGUUCAUUACAAUGGCCAUCAAGGUUAUUGACGUUGCUUUACGGGAUGAUUUUGGCUUCAAGCACAUUAUGUGGGUGUACUCGGGAAGGCGAGGAGCCCAUGCGUGGGUGUGUGACAAGAAGGCCCGGCAAAUGGAUGACCAGAAGCGGAGGGCACUUGCAGGGUACCUAGAAGUCAUCAAGGGUGGUGCGCAGGGCGGCAAGAGGGUCAAUAUCAAAAGACCGUUACACCCCCAUGUUGCGCGAAGUCUCGACAUACUCAAAUCACAUUUCCAAACCGACAUCCUUCAUGACCAAGAUCCUUGGGAGACAGAUGAGAAGUUCGACCGCCUCCUACAGCUCCUACCCGACAAAACUUUGAACGAAGCCUUACGGAAAAAGUGGAACUCUGCUCCAGGUCGAGCUUCUACAGCCAAGUGGACUGAUAUCGAUGCUUUGGCAAAGAGCGGCAUGAGUAAAUCUCUGGAUGCAAAGGCUCUGCUUGACGCAAAGCAGGAUAUUGUUCUCGAGUACACGUACCCACGGUUGGAUAUUGAAGUCAGCAAACACCUCAACCAUUUGCUGAAAAGCCCAUUUGUUGUCCAUCCUGGCACAGGCAGAGUUUGUGUGCCGAUCAACACCAAACACUGCGAAGACUUCGAUCCCCUUAGUGUCCCUACUGUGACUGAUCUCCUUCGGGAAAUUGAUGAAUGGACGGCUCCGGAAGAGGAGAACGACGGAAAAGCCAUCCAGGAUUGGGAGAAGACGAGCCUGAAACCUUACGUUGAGUAUUUCAGGUCAUUUGUGCUUGGAAUAAUGAAAGACGAGAAGGACGUCAAAAUUAAGCGUGAGCGUGAGGAGAAUGGAGAUGUUAUGGAAUUCUGAGAGGGGUCUUUGGAGUCCGGCGUGUACGGAGUACUGUGUGUAUGUUAGACACGACUGUUAUGAUUGGAAGAAUGGAAUGCUAGGGCGAUGACUACAUUACUCAUAGUACUUUCGUACUUUGCUAUUGUGUAAAUCGUCCAGUAGGCAACAGCAAAUAAUUACUGAGGGAGAUUGCCUAGAAUCUUCUUCGCCCUUUGCUUCC